GCCCUCCCCUCCCCUCUGGCUGCGGGAAAAGCGGCCGCGGGCGCCGCUGCUCACUGUGGGGCGGGCAGCGGACGAGAUGCGAGCGCCGGCGCAGCCCCGACCGCUCUGGACCGCGGUGCUGGCGCUGGGGGCGCUGGCGGGCAUCGGCGUUGGAGGGCCCAACAUCUGUACCACACGAGGUGUGAGCUCGUGCCAGCAGUGCCUGGCUGUGAGUCCCGUAUGUGCCUGGUGCUCAGAUGAGGCCCUGCCUCCUGGCUCAUCCCGCUGUGACCUGAAGGAGAAUCUACUGAAGGACAACUGUGCCCCGGAGUCCAUCGAGUUCCCGGUCAGUGAGGCCCAGAUCCUGGAGGCCAGGCCGCUCAGCGACAAGGGCUCUGGAGACAGAGCUCAGGUGACCCAAGUCAGUCCCCAGAGGAUUGCGCUCCGACUGCGGCCAGAUGAUUCGAAGACUUUCUCCAUCCAAGUACGGCAAGUGGAAGAUUACCCUGUGGACAUCUAUUACUUGAUGGACCUGUCCUACUCCAUGAAAGAUGAUCUUGGGAGCAUCCAAAACCUGGGUACCAAACUGGCCUCCCAGAUGCGCAAGCUCACUAGCAACCUGCGGAUUGGCUUUGGGGCCUUCGUGGAUAAGCCUGUGUCACCCUACAUGUACAUCUCCCCGCCAGAGGCCCUCAGAAACCCCUGCUAUGAUAUGAAGACCACCUGUUUGCCCAUGUUUGGCUACAAACAUGUGCUGACGCUAACUGACCAGGUGACCCGUUUCAAUGAGGAAGUGAAGAAGCAGAGUGUAUCCCGGAACCGAGAUGCCCCAGAGGGGGGCUUUGAUGCCAUCAUGCAGGCUACAGUCUGUGAUGAAAAGAUUGGCUGGAGGAAUGAUGCAUCCCACUUGUUGGUGUUUACCACGGAUGCCAAGACGCAUAUUGCACUAGACGGAAGGCUUGCCGGCAUUGUUCAGCCCAAUGAUGGGCAGUGUCAUAUUGGCGGUGACAACUAUUACUCUGCCUCUACUACCAUGGAUUAUCCCUCUCUGGGCCUGAUGACUGAAAAGCUAUCCCAGAAGAACAUCAAUUUGAUCUUUGCUGUCACUGAAAAGGUCGUCAACCUCUACCAGAACUAUAGUGAGCUCAUCCCAGGGACCACGGUGGGGGUCCUGUCCACUGACUCCAGCAACGUCCUCCAGCUCAUCGUCGAUGCUUAUGGGAAAAUCCGCUCUAAAGUGGAGCUGGAAGUGCGUGAUCUUCCUGAGGAGCUGUCACUGUCCUUCAAUGCCACCUGCCUCAACAAUGAGGUCAUCCCAGGCCUCAAGUCUUGUGUGGGACUCAAGAUCGGAGACACGGUGAGCUUCAGCAUUGAGGCCAAGGUGCGCGGCUGCCCCCAGGAGAAGGAGAGGUCCUUCACCAUCAAGCCAGUGGGCUUCAAGGACAGCCUCACUGUCCAGGUGACUUUUGACUGUGACUGUGCCUGCCAGGCCUGGGCUGAGCCUCACAGCCACCGCUGCAACAACGGCAACGGGACUUUUGAGUGCGGGGUGUGCCGCUGUGGGCCCGGCUGGCUGGGUUCACAGUGCGAGUGCUCCGAGGAGGACUACCACCCGUCCCAGCAGGAUGAGUGCAGCCCCAAGGAGGGCCAGCCUGCCUGCAGCCAGCGGGGCGAGUGCCUCUGUGGCCAAUGUGUCUGCCACAGCAGUGACUUUGGCAAGAUCUCGGGCAAGUACUGUGAGUGUGAUGACUUCUCCUGUGUCCGCUACAAGGGGGAGAUGUGCUCUGGCCAUGGCCAGUGCAGCUGUGGGGACUGCCUGUGUGACUCCGACUGGACCGGCUACUACUGCAACUGCACCACACGCACCGACACCUGCCUGUCCAGCAAUGGGCUGCUGUGCAGUGGCCGGGGCAAGUGCGAAUGCGGCAGCUGCGUCUGCGUCCAGCCAGGCUCCUACGGGGAUACCUGUGAGAAGUGUCCCACCUGCCCAGAUGCCUGCACCUUUAAGAAGGACUGUGUGGAGUGUACAAAGUUUGAGCGGGGAACCCUCCACGAGAAAGGCACCUGCAACCGCUACUGCCGUGACGAGAUCGAGUCUGUGAAGGAGCUCAGGGACACUGGCAAGGAUGCAGUGAAUUGUACCUACAAGAAUGAGGAUGACUGUGUCGUCAGAUUCCAGUACUACGAAGACUCCAGUGGCAAGUCCAUCCUGUAUGUGGUAGAAGAGCCAGAGUGUCCCAAGGGCCCUGACAUCCUGGUGGUCCUGAUGUCAGUGAUGGGGGCCAUUCUGCUCAUUGGCCUUGCCACGCUGCUCAUCUGGAAGCUGCUCAUCACCAUCCAUGACCGGAAAGAGUUUGCUAAAUUUGAGGAAGAACGAGCAAGAGCGAAAUGGGAUACUGCCAACAACCCGCUGUAUAAGGAGGCCACGUCCACCUUCACAAAUAUCACCUACCGGGGCACUUAGUGACCAGGCGACCAUCCUCUGAGUACUUCAGGCCGUGCCAAUGGAGGCCGUUUCUGCCAUCAUAUCUAUGGAUGACAGUGGUGGGGGUG